AUGAGCCAAGCUCACCCUCCCUAUUUAAAAAAAUUUAUAGAAAAGAAGUUGUCAUUGAAAUUAAACUGUGGCAGACAUGUCCGAGGAAUACUGUGGAGAUCUGAUUCCUUUAUGAGUCCUGUGGUAGAUGAAUGUGUGGAGAUGGUAACUAGCAGGCAACAGAAAGAUACCAGAAUGGUGGUAAUAAGAAUAGUAUCAUCAUGUUAG